AUACUCCACCUGCUUACACGUAAUGCAAUUGUGGCUUCCUUUUAGCCAUGAAGAACACAAUGUUAAUUCAAAAGUCCACCACUAAUCUUCAAGUUGAUGAUGCACCUGCUCAUCACCUACUCAUCAUCUCCAACAAAGCUAUUCUUAACUUUUAAGUAAUUGAGUUUACUAAUCAACAAGCGGAACAAUACUUUUUGGUGUCUAACUCUCCACCAGAAAACCAAUUGAAGAUCGACAUGGCUACCUUGGCGGCCGACCUUGCCAUGGAUUCAACUAUUGAACCGACGGAUUCCAUCUCUUUUGUGGGAUCGCUUUAUCCAGGAACUGAUGAAGCGUUUCGGGGAUAACAUAGCACUAGACGAGUAUGAAGCCUUUGCGGCCGUCCGCCACGACAGUUCUCUCACUGUCGCUACUUUUGAGGCCCGCCUCUUUCAGAUACCUGACCUCUCCAACCACCAGUAUCUUGGGUUUUUUCUAGCAGCGCCGCGUCCGGAUAUCCGUAUGCAUAUGAAGGCAGCAAAUAUCACGAAUUACUCUGAUGCAGUUCAGUUGGCACUCCGCAUUGAUCAUGUGGCUACAGGAUCGUUGCGCCCUUCCGUCCGUCGUUUUCUGAAUGUGUCUUCAGAGGAAUACCGAUGGCACAUCGUGGUUAAGAUCAACCGUCCCCUUCCCUCUAUCAUCACUACUAUUCCCCAACUAACCAAUUCCCCAAAUUUGGAAAUUGGUUGAGGUCUAGCAGCCAUGCCACUUGCUCAUCUUCUUCAUUUCCUACUGCUUCAUCUCCUUCAUUAUGUAUUGCUCCAUCUUCUUCUUGAUUUCUUACUGCUUCUUUAUUGUGUACUGCUCCAUCUUCUUCUUGAUUUCCUACUUCUCCAUCUUCUUCAUUAAGCACUGUUCCUUCUUCUUGAUUAUGCAUUGCUCCAUCUUCUUGAGUUUGUACUGCUACAUUGCUUCAUCUUCUUGAUCAUGCACUGCUCCUUCUUCUUGAUCAUGUACAGCUCCAUCCUCUUGAUUCUCUGCUGCUCCAAUUUCUGGAUUUGGAUUGGAAUCAUAUCGAUGAUGCAAUUUUUCUAACAUAGGA